AUCUGCGGGAUAGGUUAUCCUCUUACGUUUGUUGCAAGAAAGACCGAACGGUUUGUCUUGAAUGGUCCCAGCCCACUAAACGCUUGUGACAGGAAAAACAAAACCAACCUGAAGUAGAAAGCACAGUUUUGUUUUCCUCUCCUAUGCUUCACUUUCAUUUUCUUUCGGUUCUGUCACUCAUCUUGCCAAAGGGCAGGCGCUGUGAACACCCGUGUAUGUGUGUGUCCCAGCGGUUAUAUUAGCGCUGGUCUUUCUCUGGAGCUCUCGUUUGCUUGUCUCUGCGUGCCUGUCAUGAACACACUCCCAGCGUACUCGGGAGCCAGGAUAUCAGGCUGUUGGGCUCUUAGGGCGGAUGGAAGUGGCGGUGGAGAAGGCUCUCUCGACAGGCUCCUCCCAUCCGUCAACACCAGCCUGUCACCACGGAAACGAACCACCAGCCAGUGCAAAUCAGAGCCCCCGCUGCUGCGGACCAGUAAGAGGACCAUCUACACCGCCGGACGCCCACCGUGGUAUAAUGAACACGGCACCCAGUCCAAAGAAGCUUUUGUUAUCGGGCUUUGUGGAGGCAGUGCCUCAGGCAAAACAACAGUUGCUCGUAAAAUUAUCGAGGCCUUGGAUGUUCCUUGGGUCGUUCUUCUGUCAAUGGACUCCUUCUACAAGGUUCUGACGGCCGAACAGCAGCUGCUGGCUGCUAAUAACGACUACAACUUUGACCAUCCAGACGCCUUUGAUUUCAUCCUGCUGGUUCACACUGUCCGCAAACUCAAGCAGGGCAAGAGCGUCAAGAUCCCAAUCUAUGACUUCACCACACACGGACGGCAGAAAGAAUGGAAAACGGUGUAUGGGGCCAGCGUCAUUAUAUUUGAGGGCAUCAUGUCAUUUGCAGAUAAAGAGCUGCUGAAGCUGCUCGACAUGAAGAUCUUUGUGGACACAGAUUCUGACAUCCGGCUGGUACGGAGACUCAGGAGGGACAUCACAGAGCGAGGCCGGGACAUCGAGGGAGUGAUCAAACAGUACAACAAGUUUGUGAAGCCAGCUUUUGAGCAGUACAUCGAGCCCACCAUGAGACUGGCAGAUAUCGUGGUGCCACGUGGUGGCGGCAACAUGGUGGCCAUUGAUCUUAUAGUGCAACAUGUACACAGUCAGCUGGAGGAGAGAAAGCUCCGCUGGGAUAUGGCGGCUCUAGCGUCUGCCCAUCAGGCCCAGCCCCUUCCACAGACCCUCAGUGUUCUGGAGAGUACGCCGCAGGUCCGCGGCAUGCACACCAUCAUCAGAAAUAAAGAGACCAGUCGAGACGAGUUCAUCUUCUACUCCAAGAGAUUAAUGCGGCUCCUCAUCGAGAGAGCGCUGUCCUUCCUUCCAUCUCAGGUUCACAUUGUUCAGACUCCACAAGGAGAGGAUUACGAGGGCAGAACCUUUCAUGGAAAGAGGAUUACGGGCGUGUCGAUUCUCAGGGCGGGAGAGACCAUGGAGCCCGCGCUUAGAGCCGUGUGCAAAGAUGUCCGCAUUGGCAAAAUCCUCAUCCAGACCAAUCAGGACACAGGAGAGCCUGAGUUGCACUAUUUGCGUCUUCCCAAAGACAUCAGCGAGGAUCACGUGAUUCUGAUGGACUGCACCGUGUCCACCGGAGCGGCAGCCAUGAUGGCCAUUAGAGUUUUACUUGAUCAUGACGUUCAAGAGGAUAAGAUUCUGCUGGUGUCUCUGCUGAUGGCUGAGAUGGGUGUCCAUUCUGUGGCUUACGCCUUCCCUCAGGUCAAAAUCAUCACCACCGCCGUCGACAAGAAGGUCAACGACCUGUUCCACAUCAUCCCCGGCAUAGGAAAUUUUGGGGAUCGUUAUUUUGGCACGGAUGCACCUCUAGACUGGAGCGAUGAUGACAUGGACGAGCCCAGCUGCUGACCGGCCGUCACAUCACCUCACCAGCACAGACUGGUGAAGCCGCUUUGAUAAUCACGUCAGAUAUUUGUACAUUGCAAAAUAUUUUUAUACUUUUUGGCACUCCCUGAAGUUUCAUGUGAAGUUUUUAUUCGUGAAGGUUUUAUUUAUUUUGUUGUUUUUUUUAUGUUGUGAGUUAUUUAAUAAUACUGACUGUCAUACACAGUGUGUAAUGUUUGAUUCUGAAGCACACACAGUCGAUUCAUUGCCUUACAUGUUUGCUGCCACUUUUGGAAUCUGCUGUUUUAGUAUUUCUGGCAUGUGUAUGCCAUGCGUAUGAAUUAUUAUUGUACUUCGUUUCAUGCAGCAGUCAAGCUUUCAAAGAGUAAAGAAAGACUCAAAGCGCUACCUUGCUACACUUCGACAGUGAAUUUCUUUGAAGGACCACUUCAUCGGAAAAAAUGUGUGGGCGUUGCUUUUGUUUUAAUCUUUGCUUUCUCUCUCGCUCGCUUUACCUGCAGACGGCUACUGACCAAACCACAGGCUGUUUUCACAACAGAGCACUGCAUUCUGUACAACUUAAACAUAUUUUUCUAAACUUUUCAGCAAACAUUUUGAGAGUUUAAGAUGUUCAAUUUAAGGGUUUCGAGAUGCUUAAUCUUUCAAACAUAACUAUGAAGGAGCAACUCCUGCUGAAUGAUCACUAAUCAGCGUCCAUUGAUUUAAAUCCAUUACGAUGUUUAAAGUUUUCACUUUCUGCGUGUUUUUUGUUAUUUUUGACUGAUCUGUCCACUGGGUCUCUAGCUGACUUUACCAUAUAUGGCUGACGUCUGCUUGAUGUUCGCUGUCACGUUGCGAACAUACAGGACGUACAAGAACAAAACUAGCCCACAGGAAGUGUUGGUGUUUGGCCUGAAAAUCAACCAAA